CAACGAGUCUGGUCGUUAAAGGUCGACUGGGAUGAGUCCCUCCCAGCGGAUGUGCAUUCCGAGUGGGACCGAUAUUACACGCAACUGUCAUUGCUUAAUGAGAUUCGGUUCCCACGCAAGACCAUUAUAAAAUCAGCUAUUGAGAUCGAGCUCCACGGCUUCUGCGACGCCAGCGAAAAGGCGUACGGAGCCUGUGUCUAUCUAAGAUCUCUCGAUCCUCACGGACGUAUCCAGACAUGCUUACUCACGGCGAAGUCGAAGGUAGCUCCGCUCAAAUCGCAGACCAUUCCACGACUUGAGCUGAGCGGCGCCCUUCUACUAACAUCUUUAAUUACAACCACACAACAAGCAUUACAAGUUGAAAUAACUCGCAAGGUUUACUGGACGGAUUCCACGAUUGUUCUCCACUGGAUCAACGCGUCUUCACAUACCAUGAAGACCUUCGUCGCAAAUCGAGUCGCGGAGAUCCAGAAUAAAACAAGCGUCACCGAUUGGCGUCAUGUCCCCACCAGCGACAAUCCUGCGGACCUCAUCUUUCGGGGACAAUCACCCGAAGACUUCCUGCGACAUACCAUUUGGCAAACUGGACCACGAUGGCUGCAGCAAUCAGAAGAAUGUUGGCCUAUGUGGAGUCCAACACCUCUGGCCAACUUACCAGAAAGGAAAGCAGCAACUUGCCUCGCCACAGCUCCUGUCAACAACAGUCUAUUAGACAGGUUUUCAUCAUGGCCAAGGUUGAUCCGCAUUGCUGCUCGCUGUCUUCGUUGGAAACGAAAACAAGAUCGAUCGUUGCCACUCACCAUACAAGAACUACAGGUUUCCCACGACAAACUCAUCCAGCUUCUACAACACAUCCACUUCUCAGAUGAGAUAGCAACGCUCCGGAAAAAUCGAAACCUGCCGGUCGGUGGAAAACUCCAGCGACUUAAUCCAUUCCUAGAUAAGGCAGGAAUAUUGCGCGUCGGCGGCCGACUGAGUCAAGCACCGAUGACCUUCGCGCAAAAACACCCGAUCAUACUGCCCAAGGCUCCUACCACAUCGCGUAUAAUCGAGAACGAGCAUAAGGUCAGUAUGCAUGCAGGUGCACAGGCCACAUUAUACGCAGUGAAGCGACGCUACUGGCCCAUCGAUGGCAGAAGUCAAGUAUGGCGCACGAUCAAGGGUUGCGUCCGCUGUUGUCGUGCUCAUCCACCACCGGUAGACUAUAUCAUGGGUAACCUGCCGGAGGCUCGAGUAACGGAAUCCCGACCAUUCGCAAACGUCGGUGCCGACUAUUGUGGUCCAUUUCAUAUUAAGGAGAAGCGAGAUCGUAACCGUCGCCGGGACAAGGUAUACGUGGCCAUCUUCGUAUGCCUAGCAGUUAAGGCGGUGCACAUCGAACUCGUCGGCGAUCUCACGAGCGAAGCUUUCAUCGCCGCUCUUCAGCGAUUCAUCGCACGGCGAGGGUUUUGUUCGACGAUCCACUCCGACAAUGGCACAAACUUCAUCGGCGCCAACAACGAACUAAGGGAGCUCCACGAGCUACUAAAAUCGGAUGACCACAACGAGAAGGUCACGACAUUCCUGGCCAACAAGCAAAUCGAAUGGCGCUUCAUACCCCCUCAUUCUCCGCAUUUCGGUGGGUUAUGGGAGGCAGCAGUGAAGUCUUCCAAACAUCACUUUCGACGCGUCGUUGGAAAUGAACUGCUUACCUUCGAACGAUUCAACACUCUGACCAUCGAAAUAGAAGCAGUCCUCAACUCCCGACUAUUAACACCCAUAUCCACUGACCCCAAUGAUCUCCUCGUCCUCACUCCGGGCCAUUUUCUCAUUGGCGAGUCAUUGAUGAGUUUGCGUGGGCGAGAUUUCAGAGACACUCAAUCCAACCGACUCUCCAGAUGGCAACACAUACAAAAAAUUAAGCAACAUUUCUGGAAACGUUGGCACAAGGAGUAUCUCAGUGAAAUGAACAAUCGCAACAAAUGGACCAAGGGUGGACACCACAUACAAGAAGGCACAAUCGUCCUCCUCAGAGAAGACAACGUACCCCCUAUGCAAUGGCCCUUGGGCCGUGUAAUCAAGGUCCACCCCGGAGCUGACGGCAUCAUACGCACCGCCACUGUGAAGACAUCAUCGAGCCUCCUGGACCGCGGCGUCAAACGGCUGGCCCCCUGCCAUGUCAAGCCGCCCCAGACAAAUCCGGACAAUCACAGAUAGCGAAGGUGGUGGAUAGCACACCCAUCUAAUCCACAUACGUAAUUUGAUCGGUGCCCUCUCAACGGGGGGAGGAUGUUACGUCGCGUAGGACAUCUACACGCCAUCCCUCGCUACCUGGCAGCCAACGGUCAACCAACAGCCUUCCCGAUUCUCAAUAGACCCAGAAC